AUGUCGCCGACAGUCCAUCCAGUUGCUGCUCGGGGAUUCACCUUGCAGUCAGAGGCAUACGAGGCCGCUCGUCCGUCGUAUCCCGCUUCGGCAAUAUCUUUCAUCGUUAACACUGCGCUCCCUUUUCUCUCUAGCCCCGGAGCACAAGUUCUUGACCUAGCUGCGGGAACCGGAAAGCUUACUCGGCUUCUUGCAGAGCUACCGCUUGGGCGGCUGGAGGCUGUCGAGCCAGCAGAGGGUAUGCGGGAACAAUUUACAAAAGUCCUGCCUAAUGUACCCAUUCACGAUGGAAAUUCUCACGCUAUUCCCUUCUCGGACGGGACGUUUGAUGCCGUUUUCGUCGCUCAGGCCUUUCAUUGGUUUGCUGAUAUCAAAAGUCUGCAAGAAAUUGGAAGAGUUCUCAAGCAAAAUGGGGGUUGUGUUCUAAUAUGGAACAUGGAGGAACCGGAAGGGUUGCUCGGUAGAAUCAAGAAAACUCAUGAACAGUACGAAAGCGGAACUCCCCAGUAUAGGCUGGGAUUGUGGAGGGAGGUUUUUCACAAUGAUCGCGAGGAAUUUUUGCAGAUCUUCGAACCUAUACAGGAGAGGGUCUUCACUAAUAGCAUUACAUGCACGGCGGAUGGCAUUUGGACGAGGAUACUAAGUAGGAGUUAUGUAGCUUGUUUGGACAAGGACACGCAACAACAGCUAGAACAGGAAGUUCGUCAUAUGUUGCAAAGUCCGGAAAUAGGUUGGAGAGAGCGGGAAGCUGUAGAUGGGACCAAAGAGAUGGUUGUAGAUAUUCCUUUGAGAACGACAGUAGUGUGGUUUGUCAAGCCCCUCGCGUUUGAUCUCGAGGAUAUUCAACACAUUAAGUUUUAUACAGUUCCUGGUUCCUAUCAGAACUGCACCGAGUCACCUCCUUCCAAUAAUAAGAUUAAGCUGCUAGCCAUGGUCUGCAUCACACUGAAGAAGGGUGAGGAGCCUCAGUUCCUGUUUGAGGCCCCAGCUGUUACUCCACUGUCCGAUCUUGUGCCGCAACUUGCAAAGCUGUACAACUAUCGUCUGCGCUUGAAAAGAUUGAUUGAUGCCACGGAGGACCUCGUUGAGUAUGGUCUUAUGAAACCAGAAAAUGAACAGGGAUACGAUGAGGAGCAGUUAGAGCAGUUGGCAAAGAACAAAGAGCCCUCAGCUAAGCAGGAAAUUCUAAAAGAUGGUGUCAAGAUCCUGCUCAACCCUGACCCGACUGGCCGACGGACGGGAGAAGCACCCAAUGAAGAGAUUGCCCAAGUCGUCCGGAAGACGCUGACGAAUGCAAAAGCAUGUCUAUCACCUGAUCUUAUAAAGUCCAACAAGUGUCUAACGGAGGAAAUUCUAGACGAGGCUCUUCAAAAUAUUCGCGGUGCGAUAACAAUUGCGUGGCCUAUGGGACUACCGGAAUGGGAACCGGUGAAGGACAUCUUGGACGAUAAAGAAGACUUGACUGGCACACAGGCCUCAAAAGAAGUCAUAGAUCCAGCGUCCGCGUCGAUAUGGUGGGCUGCCAAAGAACUUCAGCGGGACAAAAAACUCUUGGAUUACGUGGGACGAAACGAUAAAACAAAGAUUAUUGCUAAAAUCCAAAAGAAAGGACAAGGUCCACCACUUCGUGAAGCACCCAUGACCGAAGAAGCACAAAAACAAAUGAUGGCAUAUUAUUACCGAAAGCAGGAAGAGAAUAAAAAAUUGAUGGAAAAUGAUGAGGACGACUAUCUGCAUUCGCCGUGGGCGAAUCCAAAGCAUUUGAAGUCCACGUUCAACGGCGUGGGAAAUGUGUCAUGGAAGCCACGAUAA